CAACGGCUGGCGGGGGCGGGGCGCCGCCGCGACGUCAGGGCGAGGGCGCCGGGUUACCAGGUCAGCAGCGGUCUCGGCGGGUAACCAUGUACUGCUUAAAUCGGAGGCAGCCUCCACGAUGAAUGUUACAGUCAUAAAUAGUUACCAGUAUCCGCUAAUGCCUGGUAGCGCUCUGGUCCCCAGUCCCGUAUGAAUUCAUCACUGCCGCAUUCUGCUUCGCCCCAGAAACUUAGCUCAAGCUUUGAGGACAGCACCAUUCAGAAACAGAGGCGAGAACUCCAGCUUUUAAUUGCUGAACUGAAAGAUCGUGAUAAGGAGCUCAAUGACAUGGUUGCAGUGCAUCAGAGGCAGCUUCUAGCCUGGGAAGAUGAUCGGCAAAAAAUACUUACUUUAGCAGAACGAUGCAACUUAUUAAAAAAUGAGCUGAACAAGAGAAAUGAAAUUGUAAAAUCACUGACCAAAAGGUUAAAGUUCUUAGAAUCUCAGCAGAAUGACAGUAAGACAAUUGAAAAUACACCACGGAAGUUUAAGGAGCUGUCUCAAAAAGUAACAGAUGCAACUGUUCACUGUCAGGCUUUGGAGGAGAAAAAUCAAAGUCUCCACUGCUUAGUUUUGGAACUGUCUGCUAAAACAGGCCAGCUGCAAGCGAGAGAACAGGAGCUUCUUACUAUGCUUAAGCUGAAGGACGAGGCUAUACUUGAAACAACUGAUCACAUUACUGACUUUACAUCUAAAUUCAAAAAGCUGGAAAGUGCAUUGCGUGCAGCAAAGAUAGAGGAAUUCAGUCUCAACAAAGAAAAGGAAGACCUCAAACUGAGACUGAAAGAACUAAUACUUGAAACAAACAAGCUCAAAGAUGACCUCUGUGAAAAGAUGAAAGAAAAUAAUAAGCAGCAGGAAGAAAUCAUUCACCUCAAACAAGAAAACAGCUGCUUGAGGAAUGAGCUCGCACUUAUUGUUGAGAAAGCAAAGAGAAAGGAUCAACUUCUUCAGUUUGCCAAGUCUAAACAAGCACGGACUGACACAGAACUAUCAAGUUUGCGACAGAUCUACGUAAAACAGCAGCGUGACUUGCAAUUUCUUCAUGUCAAUUUGGAGAGCUCUCAGGCAUCAAGGCAAAAGCAUGAAAAGGCGGCACAUGAAAGGAGCAUAGGUAUGGUAUUCUCUGCCCCUGAAAGUAACAGCGAGACAGACACGGUUAGGACUGAGGGCACCCACGGGACGUGCGAGGAGCGUGGAACUGCGCAAGUUCCAAAAAGUAGGGUAAAAACCAUCUCUGAGAUGUGCAAAGUAGAUAACAGACUGUUACUGAAUGCAUCAGACUUGGAGGAAACUACCUCAGCAUACUUAAACGGGUGUCAAAAAGUUGUGAAAGUCUUGGCUGUCCUUACGGAAGAAGAAGAAAAGCAGGAUGUUGCAUCAAGCUCUGAUGAGCUAGACAGCAAAGUAUUUUGUGAGGCAAACAAUACAAGGCCAUUGAGAAACAGGGAAAUUUCUGAGAAUGGAGUGGAAAGCAGAGACCAGCAAACCUUUGAGUCAUCUUUACCUGAAUAUGAGCAUUGGCUUAACAUCAGUUCUUCUGUAGAUUCGCAAAGUCCUUUGGUCCAGAACACUGUCACAUCUGACAAAACUGAUAAUGAAAAUAAAACCUGGGAAGAGAGAACUGGAAUUCUGUUUGGCCAAAAAAGUAGAGAGGCUCCUGCUGCAAUUCACAAGUCUGAAUCUGAUUCUUGUAGUAAUAACUUAAUCAUAGAAAAAGAUGCAUGGUGGAAGCCAAUAUCAGAUCCGGAAUGGUUGAAGAUUUUCAAACCCAUGAAAGGAGAUGGAAGUAUAUGGCAUGGAAAAGAUUGCAGCUGUCUCAAGACUGCACAAGAGAUGAAAUGUGUCAGCUCAAAAAGUGAAGAAAAUGUGGAUCUGAAUUCUUUUCACUUGGAUUCUCCCUGUUUGACAUCCACCCAGAAAGGAGACAGGCCUCAAAGAUGUGAGAAAUUCUCUGGUGAAGACCUCCCUCUGGAAAUCAAUAACCUUUCAGUGACUAAGCCAACAAAUAGAUGCUGCAAUGCUACCAUCGACCAAGACACCAGUUCCCCCAUAAGUAAGCUGCAGCAUGUGUUGGCUGAGUCUCGACAGAUGGUUGCUGAUCUGGAGCUUAGCACUCUCCUCCACACGAGCCCUCGCUGCAGUCCAAACAGCAGCAACAUUAAUACGACAGCAGAACUUGCAGAAGCUCUUCACAGAACCCAGUUAUCUGCUGCAGAAGAAAGAGGUGCUAAGCUUCCAUUCUUUUCUCUAUGAUGUUCUGUGAGUAUGAAGGUGUUUUCAACUUGAUGAAUUUUUUUUCGUUUGGUUUUUUUGGUUCCCUCUUUAUAAAUGCAUCUGUAAUAUUAAUACAAGUUACGGGCUUCUGAGAUGAGCCUGGCACAAGCUUCUAAGUGCACUGCUAUGAAUGCAUUUCCAGUAAAGCUCUUGUGAGUACUGUAACAGCAAACAGAUAUUAAGGUAGCAAGUAAUUCCUUUAGUCAAAUAAUUAAACUUUUCUCAAGCAUGUUCCUCAUUCUCUGGGCAGUCAGAUCUCGCAGCUCCAUUCCCAAGUACCUGCAUGCUGCUUAUUGUAGUUAAAAUCCUUCUGUGUGUUACAGAUAACAGGAUCAAGGAUAUGAACAUUGUUGAGUAAGAGAUUGGGAAGUGUUUUUCAGUGCCGCAGCCAAGGGCUGGUUUAGCAUAUUGUUCCUGGUCUCAGAGCUCCAAAAGUAGAAUGUAUUGAAUAGAGCUGUUUCAGAAUACGAAAAGCAGCCUUGCCCAUAGCAGAUUGUUUUUUCUUUUUGAAUCGGAAAUUUCUCACUCUCUGAUUAUUUGUUCUACCUAAUGUGAAUUGGAUGCUUGCAAUAGGCACCGUGCUGUCUGGUUCUGAGGACAAAAGAGUAACCAGAUAUGGUUAAAAUACCCAACACCACAUGAAACUGAAUAAGAACUAGCAACAAUGGGGGGAGAAAUCGAGAAAAAAAAAAAUCUUGCAGUGCUGACACAACCCAAGCGCAUGUCUGCAAAAGGAAGUUAUUACACAGCAAGCUGGAGUGUGAAGCUGUGUGGCACUGGAUUUCUCAUAUUGAUCAACUCCGAUCCAGUGGGGUGCUGGUGCUCAGUUGUUCUCUCUCGGUAUAUUCAAACUGCAGUCCCUGAAGUGUUUCUCUCCUGUGGAGCCAAACCCUCUGUGCCUCUGGGGAGUGGUGUUGGUUUGUUGCACCCUUAUGUUCUGCUGUUUCUGCAUUAAGUCUUGGAGACAGUAAGUCUUCUUUCAAAAUAAGUUGGGUCUGCUUAGCACACGCUAAUGGGGCUCUCGCAGGAAAUGGAUGCUGAGUAGCUGGAAUGCUGUACCUUAACACUGCUGUAAUGUUCCUAUGUAGAGACCUCUUCUUUUCCUAAAAAGACCCCAAAGGUAAAAGAAGCUGGAGGUUUUAUAGAUCGAAGCCAGCACUGUGACUUGCAUCCUGAAACUACUGAUGUUGAAAAGUUUCAGGAGCAAAUCCCCAAAAUUGCUGAGCACCAUGCUGAUACAGCAAAGUGGUAAGCGUACGCUUAGCCUACAGAAAUAAUCUCAUUUGCUUCAAGUGAGAAAGAACUGGUCGAACAAACAUACCCACAAUUCACUGUAGAUCCAUGACAAGAAUUAGUGACUUGUGCAAGUCACUGGCUGCUGCGUAAUUCUUAUUUUCUUCGUUUAUUAAAAGGCACUGAAUCACCAUGAUCAGUUAAAUCCAAAGCAGCUUUUGCAGAGUUGAUAGCAGGUCCAGAAAUAACUAAACAUUUGUUCAAUUUCAUAUAGAGAAGUGAUUGAAUUGAUUUUGGUUGGGUUUGUUGGUUUUUUUUUAAUUGCUUUGAAAUUAUUUGAGGGCAGGUGCACUGACAAACAUUAGGUUAAUUUCCUAACUAGCUGACAGUGGUUUAGCCAUUUUCAUCAGUCAGUUGUUUUUCCUUUAGAGAGAGAUUGGGUGGGGGAGAGUUGAAGAACAAAGGAGGAAAGCAAUGAGUAAAAGGAUAUAUUAAGUUUUGGACACCGUACCAUGUGCCACUGCUCGUAAACUGUGACUCAGUGGCUGGCUGAGGGCACAAAGAUCACUCCUUUUUGCAAAACAAACUGGAAAGAUGUUAUUUCAUAACACUCCAGUGGUGUCCCUGAGACUGUUGUCUUUCUGUGAAGUGCUUUGUUUACCUUUCUCCUCUUUAUAUUUUUAGUCUAUGUUUUUAUUCUGUUUGCAGUGUGAAAAUUUAUAUAGUAAAUUGACACAUAUGUGAUUGCUUAAUAGAUUUUAGAGGAAAUUUUCCUGUCUUCUAAUAAGAAUAUAAUUUUCUGCAGUGGAUGAAGAAGUUUCCAGUAUAGAAUUAAUUUUGAGAACUGAAGAUCAUCAAGCCAUCAGCUACAAUGGAAGGUUACCUGAUUUUUUCCCAUGGUUCUCUGAGUGUUUGAAAGACUCACAAGUGGCAAAAAGAUGUGACUAUGUGGGCAUAUAUUUUAUCUUGAAAUAAAACAUAGAAUUAUGCCAAGAUUAACAAAAUUAUUUUUAUAACUGAGAGCUCAGGUUAAAUACUAGCUUGUUUUUUAAGAAUGUUAAGUGUGUAAUUGUCAUGACACAGGAACUAUUUUUCUAACCUUUUUUUUUUAUGGUGGCUCAGAAAUAUUUAUAGAGUAUGACACAACCAAUCAUUCAUUUUUUUCUUAGUUUCUUGUUUUUGUUCUGGAUUUCUUGCCAUGUAGAGAGAGAUGAAUAAUGUUUAUAGGAAGUUCCCAAUUAGUGUUGUAACCAGGAACUGCCUCCUACAUUGUUGAAAUGGGAGAGCUGUCACCCACAAGAUGGGCAAAACAACGCUUCCCUAGUCAGGAGCUAUUUAUUCUAACAAAAGCUUAUAACAAGAUCAGGUGUGUGUAGGGGCUCUGUUAGCACUGUACAGCAGCAGCCAAGCAUAAUGUGACCGGCUUUUUAGCAUUUAAACUGUUUUUAUCUUUGACUAUUGGGCAAGACAUGUUCUGUUAUCGCACUUUGAACCUAUUUUUUAAGUAAAGGUCAAAUAAGCUAAUAAAGGCGACACCUUUGCUGUAUCUUUGAA